CAACUCAAAAGCAAACAUGUUUAUGGGUUUGUGAUGGAAUGGAUGAUUGUUUUAUCCUGGGGUCGAGAUUCUAAAGCUGGUUCCUGGGGUUUCCCUUUGCAGAGCCGCUGAUGGGAAAUCGCCAAGAUUUCAAUGGACAGUCGAAAAGAAGAAGAAGAAGAAGAAGCGUGAAAGAAAAUGCAGGUGGUGAUGGAAUAAUCAACCACUCAAAUCUCGCAGAUAUCAAUAAGAAAUCCCUAGACGAUAUCGGACAGCAGCAGAGCUAUCUCCAAAACGUACCAUCUCUGCAUUUGAUGCUUAAACUACCUUCUCUGCUGACCCAUUUUCAUCCUUUUCUUUUCACAAUAUCCUCUCAUUUUUCUCAUUAUUUACAUCUCCCAUCCACCCGCUUCAACACUCAUUCUGCGCCCCUUUCUCUGUCCUUCCUUUUCUAAUUACUGCCCGCCAUGUGUUUGAUUAUUUGUCUGUGCCACAGUUUUAGCCUCCCAAGGCUUGCUUCCCAUGUUUUAAAUUUUACACCACUCAUCUCAAUUCUCCAAAUACACUCAAAUAAACAGUUCAACUUUCAUUUGGGGCGUUAAGAAUUGCUAUCUUCAAUAUUGGGUAUGUACACAUAGAAACCACUAGUUAGUGCCUGCAAUGUGUUUGAUUAUUUGCUUAUGUGAAAGUUUUGGCCUAAUGCUUUGAACUCUGACAUAAUUCAUAACACUUGUUCAAAUAGAACCAAAUAAGCGAUUAAACUUUCAUACGGGAUGUUAAUAAAUUGCUAUGUUGAUUCCUUGAAGGAAGAAUGUAGUGAUUUCCAUCUUGAUUAUAACCCAAAUGGAUGGCUGAGAUUGAAUUUGGAGCUGCAUUCUUACUACUCUGUAAAAGAUCGACCCCAUUUGUAGUACCUUAUUUAAUUGAUGCAAUUUUUUUCCUUCUCCUCCAUAAAUAGCCCCUCUGUCAAUGGAUCUUCUCUUCUUUAAAUAGGAAUGAAACUGGCAGAGGUGAAAUAAAGCCCCUGCAGUCAAGGUAGCUGGUGUUUUUAUUGUUCUUCUUCUCCAUAUUUACAUUGCUUCUGGUUUGGGGAAAUGUGAACCUGCUUGAUACCCUCAGUUAUCUGUCUGGGUUUUCAAGAAGACAUGAAAGGAACAUAUUAUUGUUUUAUGUUCAUUCUGCAUUUAGCCUGUUGGGUUCCUGCUAAAACCACCGCUUUUGCUCCAAAUCAUCCUCUCCUUCCUCAUAAACAACAACGUCUGUUGCCAGCUCUUGUCUCAGCCGCUUCUAAUUCAAAACAGGGCGUUGGAGGCGUAAAUGAAGAAGAAAUGUUGUAUAGAGGGAUGAGACGAAUGGGUUCAGGGCGGCCGAGGUGUGAGCACAAAUGCUAUGGAUGCAGUCCAUGUGAAGCCAUUGAAGUGCCUACCAACAACAACAACAACAACAAGAAGAGGCGCACCCACGUGGGGGUCCAAUACACCAACUAUGAGCCCGAGGGAUGGAAAUGCAAGUGCGGCCAUUCCUUUUACACCCCUUGAUUCUAACUUGCUUUUCAAUUAUUGCUUCUUCUUCUUCUUUAGUCACAUGAACCCUGUCACUUCAAAACUCAUAUCAAUAUAACAUAACUAAAAUCUU